UUUUAGCAGUUGAAAAGAAAGAAAUAAGAAAAUUAAAAUUCAUUAUGGUAUUUUUUAUAUAUAGAAAAAAUGCUGAUAUUUUGUAUUACAGUAAAUUACACGAUGAGGGAUUGUCAGUAUUAUUGAUCAUGCGUCACUAUCAGUAAAUAUAUUUUAUUCAUUAUUCUCGUCUCUGUAUCUCUCAGUUUAAAGAUUUUUGUUUGUUUUCCCUCUUGUUGGGAAAUUUAACAGUGAGGAAUAAUUUCUCUUUUAAUCCCACAUGUGAGUCUGGAAUGGCAGGGAAUGUGUAUAAAAGCUUUAUAUGGAGAAAGAAUGUUUUUUGUUCUGUGUGGAAGAGAAUGGGCCGAUGCCUCCACCCCCCAAUUCAAGUAGCCGGUGCCAAGGUAACGGGCACACAAAGGAGGAGCUGGGGGGGCAGGAGGGCACCGGGCCGGUCCCUGUGAUUGGGAGUCAGUGCAAGUAAAGAGAGAAACUCUCCCGACCUCCUACCAAGACACAGAGACUCCCCAUCCAUCUCCCGGGCUCGGCUGCUCCACCUGCAACUGAGACACAGAGAAGAAUCUGAAUAUUUCUAUUGAUUUAUAUUUCAUAUAAUGGAGCACAUUGUGAUUGGCCGGUCGGAGAGUUAGGGAAAUAUUUAUUGAAUUGGAUGAAGAAUUUCAUGUGAUUUAGAAAAAAUGUCAGAUCCGGAAAGGAAUUCCUCCGGCAAUUUGGAUGUGAGGAGUAAAAUCCUACACCUGACGUGCCGGGCCGAGUGGAUCACCCUGGAGCAGACGUUAAAAGGGAUCGAUAAAGGGGAGAUGGGCAGCUCCGAAAUCGACCAAGAAUCAGGAUUAACGCCAUUUAUGAUCGCUGUGAGGGAAAACCGACUGGCCAUUGUUGAGAGGUUCCUGGAACUGGGAGUCGAUCUUAAUGAGAGGACACAGGAUUGUCUCACGGCUCUCCACGUCGCUGCCGCUCAUUCCAAGGACGAGAUCGUACGACUUCUUCUCCUCAAAAAGGCCGAGCCCAACAUCCCUGGAGGGCCCAAGGACCAGUUGCCCCUUCAUUACACAGCUCUCCGACCCAACGGCGCCAUCAAUGUGACACAAACCCUACUGAGAGCAUCACACAAGGACGCAAGGCUGACCCCAGACAAGGACGGCUGCAUCCCUCUGUUUUUAGCCAUAGAAGCCGGAAAUCUGGGGAUCUGUAAAGAGCUGCUGCUGGUGAACCCCGAAUCCCAACUCAGAGCCGUUAGCAAAAAAUAUGGUGACACGGCCCUUCAUGCAUCUUGUAGAAAAAGGGACGUGGAUGCGGCUAAACUCUUGGUGGAAUAUGGAGCCAAUGUCGACUGCCAGAAUGAGGAAGGACAGACACCGUUGCACAUUGUGGCUUGGGCAGGAGAUGAGAUGAUGCUGAAGUUCCUGCACCAGUGUAAGACAAACGCUAAUAUAACAGAUAAGAUGGAGCGGACUCCUUUGCACGUCGCAGCAGAACGAGGAAACACCAAUGUCGUAGAAAUUCUGACCGAGAAAUUCCGCUCCAAUGUUCUGGCUCGGACCAAGGAUGGAAACACUCUAAUGCACAUUGCUUCUCAGUGUGGUCACCCCGAAACAGCCCUGGCGUUCCUAAAGAGAGGGGUCCUGCUGCACAUGCCUAACAAGUCUGGAGCGGUGUGUCUCCAUGCUGCGGCCAAGAGGGGGCACACGGCGGUGGUGAAAGCUCUGCUGCAGAAGGGGGCGCACGUAGAUGCUCGUACCAAGGAUAAUUAUACGGCCCUGCACAUCGCUGCUGAGAACUGCAAACCCCAAGUGGUACAGACUCUGCUCGGAUUUGGGGCCCAAGUGCAACUCAAAGGAGGAAAGGCACAGGAGACCCCCCUGCAUGUUGCAGCUCGGAUCAAAGAUGGGGAGAAGGUGGCUGAGAUGCUAAUAAAGAGCGGAGCCGACAUUAAUGUGGAACAGGAGAAUGGAGAGACAGCGAUGCACAUAUCUGCCCAGCACGGAAACCUAAAGAUGAUAACUGCCCUCAUAGAGGAAGGAGGAGAACCCACCUGGCAGUCAAAGAAUCAAGAGAACCCACUUCACACUGCCGUGAGACACUGCCACUUGCCUAUAGUAGAAGUUCUCCUCCAACACCUUAUAAAUGAGAGAGGUCGAGCAGAUGCAGUCGGCUGUGUUAAUCAAGCUAAUAAGGCCGGGGAGACGUCGCUGCAUUUGGCUGCGGCAGUGAAGAAAGAAAUGAUCCACACGAAAGAGGAGGAUGUUAAAAUCAUUGGGAUCCUAAUGGAACAUGAUGGCGAUAUCUCUCGUCCCACCAACACGACCUUGGAGACCCCCCUGCAUUACUGCGCCAGGGUGGGCAAUGAAGACGUUUUAUUGGAAAUGAUUAGACACAUUAGCUCCAGCCGAAUGCAGCAGACGAUGAACAAACAAGCAAAGAAUGGAAGGUCCCCUCUGCUGGUAGCGGCGGAACAGGGUCACACGGGGAUAGUGCGAAUCCUUCUCCAGAAUCAGGCCCGAGUGGAUGUUUUUGAUGAGCAUGGUAAAGCUGCGUUGCAUCUCGCUGCGGAGAACGGGCACGACAAGAUAGCGGAUAUCCUCUUGAAGCACAAAGCCUUUGUCAAUGCAAAAACCAAACUGGGCCUGACGCCUCUUCACCUCUGCGCUCAGAAUGGGUUCAACCACCUGGUGAAGCUGCUCGUGGGCACCCACUCAGCCAGCAUCGAUGCCAUGGCCUUGACCAAGAGGACCCCCCUCCACAUGGCGGCACUGAAUGGCCAACUGGACGUGUGCAACAGCCUGCUGAACAUGAAGGCCGAUGUCAAUGCAACUGAUAUUGAAGGCCAGACCCCCCUGCACCUGGCAGCUGAGAAUGAUCAUUCCGAGGUGGUGAAGGUGUUUUUGAAGCAUAAACCUGAGCUGGUGACGUCUGCCAACAUGGAGGGCUCCACUUGCGCCCACAUUGCGGCCUCUAAAGGAAGCGCCGCUGUCAUCAAGGAGCUGCUCAAGUUCAACAAGACUGGAGUGACCACGGCACGGAAUAAGACUAAUGAUUCCACGCCCCUACACCUGGCUGCCGCGGGGGGCCACACUGAUGUGGUGAAGGUUCUGUUAGAGACCGGAGCUUUGGCUUCUGAUGAGAAUGGGGAAGGCAUGACCGCAAUACACCUGGCAGCCAAGAACGGGCACAUCAAUGUCCUUGAGGCAUUAAAGGGCAGUGUCUCUUUCCGCAUUACCAGCACCAAGACCGGAUUCACGGCACUCCACGUAGCGGCGCAUUUUGGUCAGUUGGAUUUUGUCCGUGAAAUUUUGACCAAGGUGCCAGCAACCAUGACCAGUGAACCCCCAAAAGCAGUACCCGACUUGCUGCACAUGAAAGAGCAACGUGGGGAGUCAGGGUACACCCCACUGCACUUGGCAUCUCAGUCCGGCCAUGAAAGUCUGGUUCGAUUGCUGCUCAACUACCCUGGUGUUCAGGCCGACACUGCUACCACUCGCCAGGGUUCAACACCCAUACACCUCGCUGCCCAGAAUGGUCACACUGCAGUUGUUGGCCUUCUUCUUAGUAAAUCAACAUCUCAGCUCCACAUGAAGGACAAGCGGGGAAGAACCUGUCUGCACCUCGCUGCUGCCAACGGCCAUAUUGAAAUGAUGAGAGCUCUUAUUGGACAAGGAGCAGAAAUUAAUGUGACAGACAAGAAUGGAUGGUGCCCCUUGCACUUCGCUGCCAGAUCUGGAUUCUUAGAUACUGUUCGGUUCCUCGUGGAAUGUGGAGCCAAUCCUACGCUUGAGUGUAAAGAUGGGAAGACGGCCAUACAGUAUGCUGCAGCAAAAAACCAUCAGGAUGUAGUGAGCUUCCUGCUGAAAAAAAACCACAACACCCUAAAGCUUAUUGAGGACCGAAAGUUCGUCUUUGAUCUCAUGGUCUGUGGGAAAUUAAACGAUAACAGGAUCAUACAGGAAUUUAUCCUUAAUUCAAGUGCCCCCUUGGACACUGCAGUCAAGCUUUCUAGAGCUUUGAACAUCACUGCCUUUAAGGAGAAAGAACGAGCAAUGGAUCUUCUGAAUGCUGCCAAAUACAGUGAGAACAUGGCCACGGAGCUGCUCACCAUUGCGUCUGGAAGCACAAAUGCUGGAUUCAUAUUGAGAGCUGUAGACCACAGAUGCACAACCAUACUGGAUUGUUUGAUUGAGUGUGAACAGAAGGAUGUGGUGGCUCACCCAGCAGUUCAGAAAUACUUGACAGAAGUCUGGUACGGGAACCUGGACUGGACCACGUGGAAAUUAGUUCUCUUGUUCUUUACAUUUCUAGCAUGUCCACCUGUGUGGCUUGUGUUUUCUCUACCUCUUAAACAUCGGUUUAACAAGAUCCCUAUCAUGAAGUUCAUGAGUUACUUGGCAUCUCAUAUCUUCCUGAUUGUACUGUUCAUACUGACCAUCGUCUACCCACCACUGAGCCCUAUAUAUGAAGGGCACAUGGUUCCAUGUUGGAAUGAGUGGUUGCUCUUAGCUUGGCUCUCAGGAAUGCUUGUCUCUGAACUCACCCACCAUGGAGAAAGAGCUGGCCUUGCGUGGAUACGAGUAUUUGUUCUGGGAUUUUCUGCUGCGGCUUUCUUCUGCCAUUUGCUUGCCUUUCUAUUUUCCGACAGAGAUCGGUUACACUGCCUUUUUGCCAGGAACAUUUUACUUGGCAUGGCCAUGACUCUCUCAUUUGUCCAAUUUCUGGAGUUCCUCACCUUCCACCAUCUUUUUGGACCUUGGGCAAUAAUCAUUAGAGAUCUGAUAAAGGACCUGACUCGAUUUGCCGUCAUACUGGCUUUGUUUCACGUGGCCUUCACAAUGCAACUCUCGGCCGUCUACCAGCCAGUCUAUCCCGACGACACUGCUACUCAAUCGCUAAAUGAAACUGAAACAGUCCACAGUGAGUCCAACAUUCAAGAUCCCAUUGACAUUACAGUUCUUUUGUUCUUCUCCCUGUUUGGUCUUGUUGAACCAGGGUGCCUUCCCUCACUCAACAGAACUCCCCAGUUUACUUUUGUUAUUGUCCGUUUUGUGUUUGGCGUCUACCUGAUUGUCACCUUGAUUGUCCUGAUCAACCUACUGAUUGCGAUGAUGAGUGACACUUACCAGCGAAUACAAGCCCAAUCUGACACCGAGUGGAAAUUUGGAAGAGCCACACUGAUCAGAGACAUGACCAGGAAGCCAGGAACACCUUCACCCUUCAACUUAUUCACCAACCUCUUCUAUUACAUCAAGUUACUUUGCAAGCACAAAGGAAAAUUGUGCUCGGCAAAUGCCAGAAAUCUGAUGAGCGAAGAGGAUAUUGAUGGAUUCUCGGACACGCGCUCUAUUGACCUCUUGGCGCAAACAUCGCUCAGCUGGAUUCGAACUCCGGCCAAAAGAACAAUGCAAGUGGCACCGGAGGGUGAGCGGAAUAGAGAGCAGCACUACCCCGGCCCUGUAAAGAUUGAGGACAUGACAGACUGGCACAAUAUCGGGGUGCGAUAUCUCUCCCUGAAAGGCCAGUCAGACGCCGCUUUGUUUGAAAGGGACAUUUCUCAUGGAGCCGAGACUCCGAGCAAGUCAGUGGUUCCACUCAACACCAAGAUUCCCAAUGGGACAAAAUGAUCUGGAAUCAGUGGUUAUGGAUUAAAGGGGAAACGGACCCAUCUGAUCAAUAUGAUUGGACCAAUGACAGCAGAUUUGAUGAUACAAGGAAAAUGAUUUUCAAUGAGGAACAGGACGUCCCCAGUUAUAUAUAAAAUUGCUGGUGUAAGGGGGUUUCUCGCCUUCAAAUGAAUCCUUAGCAUGGUGCAGAUAAUUUGCAAUCAGUCCAUUUUUUUUCAUUUUUUGUUCUGUCCAUCUGGUUGCUAGCAGUUCACUACCAUAGCAACCAGGGAGCAGUUUUAAAAUCAGAAUGGAAGGUGAACAGGAGAGGGCCUGAAAAGAACCAAUAAGCAACGAAAUAAGAAUAACAAUAACACUGAUGCCUUACAGUCAAUAUGUUAUUGGUUGCUGGGGUCAGUGACCUCUGCCAACAGAAUUUUCAGCUACUGGCUAGAAUGAGCCAGAACAGGAAGGCCUAUAAUUCACUAGGCAAAAUAAAUAACAAAGACCAACUGCCAAGUUGCUUAGAAUAGGCCCUUCUAUAACAUACCGACAGUUCAAUUAAAGACAAACUUUCCCUUAAAGGGGUUGUUCACCUUUAAAUUAGAUGUAGAGAAGGAUAUUCUGAGACAUUUUGCAAUUGGUUUUCAUUUUUUAUUAUUUGUGGUUUUUGAG